AUGCCAAUGCGUGAAUGGUAUAUUAUAUUUUGCAAUCAAGAUAACCUUAAUAAAUAUUCAUUAAAUAAAUUUACUUUACAUGCACAAGGUAAAAUUGAAAUAGAUUCUAAACAACAAAAAUCAUUAACAAUACCUAACACAUGGUCAACACAAGAUAUAACAAGUGCUUAUGCGCAUCUUUCAACACGUGGUUAUCAAUAUGCAUUUAUAUUACCAGGUGUUGAAACAACAUUUCUUCCUGUACGUAUUCAAAAAUUUAUUUAUUCAAGUAAAACAAAAACAAAGAUGAAUCGAUCAACAAAUGUUGAAGUACGUGGAAAGUAUCAUGAUAAUAUAUGUGGUAUAGGCCAAGAAGAAAUAUAUAAUCUUAAUUUAUGGACAUUUCCAAUGGAUAAUAAAAUCGAAGAACCAAUAUUUACAUUUGAAGGUGCUGUUAUUCAACAAGUUCAAGGUGCACAUUCUGGUCGAUGGUCAAUGGAACAAAUAAUUUAUGAUAAAUUAAAUCUAACAACUGAUUUACCUAAUAUUGAUCAUAAAACAUAUUUAAAUACAAUUAUAAAAGAUUAUUGUAUGAAAAGAGUAUGGACUGAUUCACCAAUAAUAAAAGAUAUAUCAGGUUUACUUCCAUCACCUAAAAAUAUUCUUAAUAAUCAACUUAAUUCUAUUAGUAAUCAGGAUUUAAUUGAAUCAAUCGAACCAUUUAAUGAAUUAGCUGCUUAUUAUGCUCAUAUGGCAAUUAAAGAUCUUGAUUUAAAUCAUAUACAUCAUCCAUUAUUCAAUGUAUGUCGUUCUCUUGCUUCAACUUUAUAUUCGAAACAAGUAGUAACAUGGCAUUCAACACAACUUCGUCUUAUUCAAUUAAUUGAACGUUUUUCUCAUUUAAAACCAUUUUUAAUAACAUUGAAUAAAUAUGGUUCACAUUUCAAAGAUAUUCUUAGUGGAGAAAAAAAUGGAUUAGGUAUAUUUUUUGGUGAUGAUGAAAUUGAACAAAUUUUUCAUUCGAUUUGUCAAUAUUUACAAUUACAAUAUGAACAACAACAAACUAAAGAUAAUUCAUUUCAGAAUUGGCGAUUAUGUAUAUUUUGGUUAAGUGUUAGUCAUUGUUCAGAUGUUUUACCUAUUCUUGAUCUUUUUCUUAAUUUAUCACAACAAACAGGUUUAUUAAUCGAUUUACAUUAUGCAGAUUCUGAUCCAGUAGAACUUGCAAAUGCUCAACAAACAUUUAAUACACAUAGAAAUAAUUAA